AUGAGUGGAAAUCGGAAGCGAAACACGUCUGAACCGCGCGAUGACGAUGAAGAUGACUACACUUCGAAGCGAAAACGUAACAACGAAGCAGUAAAUCGAACUCGGCAAAAAAAGCGGCAGGAAGAAAACGAUACCGCAGAGAAAGUUGAUGAGUUGAAGAAAGAAAACGAAGCAUUAGAGCGAAAGGUUGAACAGCUACAAAAAGAGCUCUCAUUUCUUAAAGAAAUGUUCAUGGCUUAUGCAAAAAAUGAUGGAAACGAUGGUCCACCACCACCACCCGCGGCUCCAUCUUCUGCUAUUUGA